AGCGGACCUCAGCUUUCUUAGUUCGACGCUCACCUGGACUCUCUGCCACGUCCUCGCUAGGGCCUUAUUACUCUCUAGAACCACCACCCAGAUUUCGACCAACAAGAACUGCUUAGCUUUCGACCCCUCAGGUCUCCACGGCGUAUCAAACAGAGCAAGAGCAUCCGAGUCGACGGUUGCGACCACAUGGGAGACGUUUCCGAGUCCACGGGUACGGUUCCCAUUAGCGAUGCCGUUUCUGUCGAUCCCGUCUCUCAGAAGUACUCUGAGAAUGCGGUGGUUGAGGGCGAUAUGUCAGGAGUCGAGGAAGACGACUCUGACGACCCCGAGAGUGACUCGAGUGAGGAUGAAGAACCUUCUGUGGAAAACCCUUCCACGGACAUUCGAGGCGAUCUGGAAAAAGCACUUGAGGGUGACCUCGCCAAGGCAUUCAAGGGCUCGUACUCGUUCAGUCGAGCAUAUCCUACCGCGCCUAAUCCUGGUUUGUACCUACUGCCGAACGACAUUGGCGCGGUUGGACUGCCUCUGCAUAAGCGAGACGCAGCAGCUGUCAUCUCUGGCUGCAGGCAAGCCCCCUUCGGUCAGGGUGAGCGGACUGUGGUUGACACUGUAGUACGUGACACCUGGGAGAUGAACGCUAACCAGGUUCAAUGUCUGAACCCUGCGUGGAAUGGCUACCUCCAAGGUGUCGUGAGGGACGUGUGCGCGGAACUCGGGGUCAAUGUGGCCGCGAGCCAGCCGCGCUGUGAGCUCUACAAAUUGCUGUUAUAUGAGACCGGUUCACACUUCUUGCCGCACGUUGACACCGAGAAGGCCGACGGGAUGUUUGCGACCAUCAUUAUCGUUCUGCCCUCCAAAUAUACAGGCGGCGCAGCCCAUGUCUCGCAUGGCUUGUUGUCUACAGUGUAUGACACAGCCGUGCUGAGCGAUUUUCAGACCACCGUUCUCGCCUGGUACACAGAUGUGAUGCAUGAAAUCAAGCCUAUCACAAGUGGAUACCGCUUAGCGCUUUCGUAUAACCUAGUGCACACUUCUAAUGCUCUACGACCGUCCUUGCCCAAUAACCAUGCCGCUGUCAAUGCUUUGCGACAUGUUCUACUCUCUUGGAAGCAAGCAAAUCAUGAUCGCGUCCCGCGGAUGAUCCUAUACUUAUUGGACCACAAGUAUUCGCAAGCAAAUCUCAGUGGCAGCGCACUCAAGGGCGUGGACGCACACAAACUAGCAAUCUUGGACGCCCUCGCACAGCAGCUCGGUUUCCAGCUUGGGAUGGCUAGUGUCGAGUGUCGGCUACAGGGAGCUGCAGACGACGAUGGAUGCAAUUAUCAUCGCCGCAAACGAGCGUAUUACUACGACGACUAUGACGACUCUGAUAACUCUGUUGACCCGGACGAUGUGGGCUUUCUGGAGGUGUAUGAACGGGAAGCUUCCGUCACCAACCUUGUCACGCUAGAUGGUGUACCUCUCCAGGAUGACUUGGCGUACGAUAAAAGACGGGAUCACACGAUCCCACGGAACCUCAUGGAUCAAGUUGAGGCUGGUCCGCAUGAUGAUCAGGAGUAUGAAGGGUACAUGGGUAAUGGGGCCGGCUCGCUAGAACGAUGGUAUCGGCGAACGGUGCUCGUGAUCUGGCCCGAGAAGUUCAGCUUGGAUAUGACUUUCGAUGAUGAAAUCUCCGAAGCCAUCGAUGAUCUUUCAGUGAUUGACUCUACCAGAGCUCAUAAACGAGAACGCAAGCUCGCGGAGUUUUUGUUGAACGUGGCCAAGAAUCGGGAAAACCACAGAGUGCAAAUAGCGGAGACAUUGUGCAAUGCUGCUUGCGCGUGGGAGGACUUACAACUCUACGAGCGUGCCAUGGCCGCAUGCGAAGCCUCUGUUGGCGUCAGGUUACUGAGUAACGACGUGAUCUACGAAUCGAUCACGACGUUCGGUUUCGGGGCCAUGCGUUCAUUUUUGCAGAAGAUGUUGCGUUCGGAGCGGAGCAAUUUUCAACGUUUCCAGUUUAUCGACGAACUCCAGAAUUGGUUCUCGACACAACCUACCCUGUCUGAAGAAGGCGUUGAUGCAUGGGUCAUCGACCAGCGUCGGUUCGCUAUGGAACACCUCGAGAAGCCAGGGCCAGAUGACAGCCAGGUCCUCGUUGACCUCGCCUUGCGGAAUGGCGGAUUUCACGUUAUCCGUGAUAUAUUUGUCCCUCAAUUCAAGGCCGACGCAAGCGUUCGUUUCUUGACUGCAAUGGUCGCUGUCCUUCAAACGGAGAGAGCCAAGGCAGGAGUCUCUGUGGAGGAUCAGUCCAUUUUGACUAGCCUGGUGGCCGACCUCCUUUCUAGUGCCAUAGCAAAGGCCAAUCUCUUCGCAACAGCAACGACAACGAAGAAUUCGGCGAUCAAGAGCAACCUCAUGACUCCUCAUACAGCAGCGCGUUUGAUCGAAUUGUGCAUUGGGACGCGCAAUGACGAACUGGUCGAGAAGAUCGCCCAACGUCUGACUGACGUGGCCAAUAUCGAUCCUGCUGUUGUCAAACGCCGGGUUUUAGAAGUCCUGUUGCCCUUGUUGCCGUUGGUCGAUGCCAAGGUCAAGGCACGUGCAGCUGGCGAAUCUGCUAUCACGGGUGUUCAGAACUUCUACGAGGCGACAAUCGAACUCUGCUUGCGCUUCGUCUUGUCUGGCACGCGACCAGUCCCCAGUGACCUGACUUUGCUCUUGGAUGCUUGUGUCGUCUGCGGUGGCAUCGACAUUUUGCACAAGAAAGUUUGGCCCGCCCUGAAGGCUUCCAAGCCACAGUCGACUACAUAUACCGACUUCAUAGAGCAACUACAGAAGCGCCGAGACCGACUGCUGCCUUCGAGCUGUGGUGUCUCCGUCGAAUCCGUCAUCACGGAAGCAGUUCGACAGGCUGUUCUGCAGGCAAACUUCACAGCAUAUACUCCCCCUGUCUACUCGUACUAUGCCUCCGGCAACAAGAGUCAUGAGAACUGUAGCACGACGCUGGAACUUCUCCGGUUGUGCCUGACAACCGGGAACAAGCCAUGUUGUAGCUUGGUGUUCAAGCGGUUGUUGGAUUCACAGUUCCAUAGACAGGACUACAUCGAAAACGUCCUCAUACCCUUCCUUCCUGAGCUUCGCCAAUUUCUGACCACCAACCGCGUUGCCCUAUCGGCCGAACCCUUCAACAGCGCCUUCAAGUCAAUCGUGAUGCUCUGGGCGAGCAAGGUCCUCGGUCCCAAGCCAAGUGAGACGGGGAACGCCGUCAUCGCCAGAAUGCGAAACCAUGGCUGCAAAUGUGCACAUUGUGUGCAAGUCUUCAAGUUCCUUACUUCUAGCGGCGACAGGACUUCCCGCUUAGAAAGGAUAGGUGCGCCAAAACGGAAGCAUCUGGAGCAGGAGCUCAGCAAGUACGCAAAGACUGCCGCGACGUGGUCUAUGAUCUCGGGUUCCCCGCAGGGCUUAAUGGUCACAAAAGGAGACUCCAUAUACCUGCCUGUCAAAUGGAAUGCCACCCACGCAAGGGGCGCAGCUAUUCUGACCUCCAUUUCCUCGAAUGCAACGGAGCUACAACGAAUUUUUGGCGCGGACCACCAUAUCAUUAUGGACAUGAUGGCUGGACGUGUUAUAACGAACCCUGCCGCAUCAUCAUCGAGAGAUCCGGGCUCAAGUGCGAGCUCUUCGGUCUCUGCGGGUCCCGUUCAUGCGGUAUCGGGGAGCUCAGCUUCCGUUGCGGCCACGGCCUCAGGGUCAAACCCGAGUAGCAAUUCAUCCCGCGCUCAUGCGGCACCUCACGCCAGUAAUUCUAUCCCUUCAAGUUCACAAGCAGCUCGGAAACGGAAGAGGGAUAACGCUUGAGCGCGUCGUCGGGUAUCGUUGACUUGACUGAUAGCUGAAGCUUGACGUGUGUACUACGGUCUUUCCGUGACGAACGUGGCAGUCCUACUGAAUGGUUCUAUGGUUGUUGGCCAUCAGGGAAUCCCCUUCAGAACGAUAAGCGAUUUCAGCGUUUAUAGGUGAUUUCAGUGUUUGUAGACUGUCGAAAUAUUACGCCACUUUACAAGCGCUCGAUAAAGCGCUUGCAGCCGCCUCA